CACAACAAUCCAUCAAACACUAUAAUUUUACUCCAUCUUCUUCUUCAACAUGGCUUCAUUCUUCAAAUUAGGUUAUUUUUUCUUGGUUAUGGCAAUGUGGGUAGGUCAAAUUUCCUGCCGUGAUCUUCACGUCAACUCGUUAUCCAUGAAAGAACGACACGAGAAGUGGAUGGUUAAACACGGAAAGGUUUACAAAGACGAGAAAGAGAAAUCGAAAAGAUUUGAGAUUUUCCAAAGUAAUGUUGCGUAUAUUGAAUGGUUUAAUGCCGUUAGAAAAGAAUCUUACGUUCUUGGAGUUAACAGAUUUGCGGAUUUAACUAACGAUGAGUUUACGGGUAUUUGGAAUGGUUACAAGAGGCCUCUUGGUAAACCAAGAGCCGUAACGCCGUUUAUGUACGGGAAUGUUACUGUUUUGCCUUCGAGUAUUGAUUGGAGAAGACGGGGAGCUGUUACUCCAAUCAAGGAUCAAAAGAAAUGUGGAAGUUGCUGGGCUUUCUCAGCCGUAGCAGCAACAGAAGGCAUCCACAAGCUAAGAACCGGAAAACUAGUCUCACUCUCCGAACAAGAGCUCGUAGACUGCGACAGAGGCGAAGAUCAAGGCUGUCAAGGCGGACUAAUGGAAGACGCAUUCAAAUUCAUCAAACGAAACAAAGGAAUCACAACCGAAGCUAACUACCCAUACAGAGGAGUCGACGGGAAAUGCAACACCAAAAGAGAAUCCUCCAAAGUAGCCAAAAUCACCGGCUACCAUGUCGUCCCCUCGAACAGCGAAGCUGCAUUGCUAAAAGCUGUGGCUCACCAACCUAUAUCGGUAUCCAUUGACGCCGGUUCAGUGUCAUUUCAGUUCUAUAAAGGCGGUGUGUAUACGGGCAGCUGUGGAACUGAUUUGAACCAUGGUGUUGUGGCGGUAGGGUAUGGAAGAAGUAGCUCGGGUUCGAAGUAUUGGAUUGUGAAAAACUCAUGGGGGACGGGCUGGGGUGAACGAGGUUACGUGCGGAUGAAGAGAGAUGUUAGAUCAAAAAAAGGGCUUUGUGGUAUAGCUAUGGAUAGUUCUUAUCCGACUGCUUAAGUUAUUAGUUAUCUUCAUCACCUUAUAAUUAUAGGAAUAAUUAAGAUUGGUUUAA